GGUGCACUGCCGUCAUUUGAAGCCGGGCUCUGUUCACUCGUGGACAGCUGCGCCACGAGACCCGGAGACGAGGAGGACAAGCUCCGCAAUGGCCAGCGCAGGGCUCCGGCCCGCGCUCCGGCUCGGACUAUUGCUGCUGCUCUGCUGCUGCCAGGCGCACGGCGAAGCCAGCGAUGUCCUGGUCCGUGAGACACGGGCGGCAGGACCAUUUCGCGGACUCUACGAGUUCCUUCAGCAGCGGGAUUCCACUGUCUUCUGCAAGUACCUGCGCAAAGCGCAAGUCGAGGAUGUCCUGGCGUCCUUUGCAUCGUUCACCAUCAUCGCACCAAACGACCUGGCAUUUGCGGCGCUGCCACCCAGCGUUGUCAAAGUUCUGGACACGGACAGCCGAUUUCUGAGGAAGUUUGUGCUGCACCACAUCGUGGGUGACUCGGUCCCGAGCCGCAGUCUUCGCGGCGACCUUGAGAUCACCACGGCGGGCGGUGACAACAUUCUCGUCAAGGUCUACGACAACGGAAGGACAAUCUCCAUCGGAGGUGCCAACAUCCUGGUGGGCGAUGCCUCGUACGAGAACAUCAUUGUCCACAUCGUGGACCGUGUGUUGUAUCCUAUCGCCGAGAGCAUGCUCGCGCAGACCAUCCAGUCCAAGUACGGCUACUUCUACCGCCUGCUCCAGAGCGCUGGCCUCACCAGCGUCUUGAACAGUGACCUGUACACUGUCUUCAUACCAACUCAAGACGCCAUCACCAAUCUGCCAGCGGAAACAUCGCAGAAGAUUUUAUCAAACAACGAGCUUGUGAAGCGCGUCGUUUCUCAUCACAUCGUUCCCGGCCUGCAGUUCAGCGCUGCUCUUAAGGAUGGUGCUACGCUGACACCGCUUGACGGCGAAGUUCUUCGAGUCACUACGCAAGCUGGACAACUCUUCAUUGACGGCGUCCCUUUCGUCAACAAGGACGACGGUGCGACCAAUGGUGUCAUCCACAUUGUAAACCGGCUGCUGGUGCCGCAGAGCGUGAUCGAGGACUGCGGUUGCAUCGCAUCGCAUGGGGGAGGAGACAUCCUUCUCACCGGUGGAAAGAUCGGUUUCAAGGGACCUACUGUCGUCGGCCAGCAGCUUCCGGGUCUCGUUCACCACGUCGUGGUACCGGGUACAGUGACGCAGACCACGCACAUCGUCUCCCCACCCAAGACAGUUGUCCUAGGUCCUGGGACUCUUCAAGCUCUGCUCCCUGGCCAGCCUCCUCAAAUCACAUUCCAGUUUGGAACCCCAGGAGCUCCCAAAGUCCCUUCUAUUGGAACACCUAAAGCACCAACUGUGCCAUUUUCAUCCAGUGGGCCAAGUGUACCUGGUGGGCCAAGCCGACCACUGAGCCAAACCCUUGGAGGGACAAAAGGACUAAGUGGGCCAUUUGGACCCAGUGGACCAAGUGGACUUGGUGGACCAAAAGGACCAAGUGGACCAUUUGGACCAAGUGGCCCUGCAGGAACAAGCGGGCCUAAAGGGCCUGGUGGACCAAGAGGUCCAUUUGGACCGGGUACACCAAGUGGACCUGGGGGGCCAAGUGGACCAAGCGGGCCAGGGGGACCACUUGGACCGAGUGGACCUGGUGGGCCAAAAGGACCAAGUGGACCAUUUGGACCGAGUGGACCUACAGGACCAAUUGGCCCAAAAGGACCUGGUGGGCCAAGCGGACCUGGUGGGCCAAAAGGACCAAGCGGGCCAGGAGGUCCAUUUGGACUGAGUGGGCCAAGUGGACCUAGUGGGCCAAGAGGACCAAGCGGGCAAGGAGGUCUAUUCGGACCGGGUGGACCAAGUGGACCUACAGGACCAAGCGGGCCAAAAGGACCAAGUGGGCCAUUUGGACCUGGUGGACUAAGUGGACCUGGUGGUCCAAAAGGACCAAGUGGGUUGUUUGGACAAAGUGGGCCUAAAGGACCUGGUGUGCCAGGAGGACCAAGCGGGCCAGGAGGUCCAUAUGGACCUGGCGGACCAUUAGGACCAAGUGGGCCAAAAGGGCCUGGUGGACCAAGCGGGCCUGGUGGGCCAAGAGGGCCAAGUGGGCCAGGAGGUCCAUUUGGACCAAGUGGGCCAAAAGGAUCAAGCGGGCCAGGAGGUCCAUUCGCACCGAGCGGACCAAGUGGACCCAGUGGGCCAAGAGGACCAAGCGGGCCAGGAGGUCCAUUGGGACUGGGUGGACCAAGUGGACCUAGCGGACCAGGAGGUCCAUUUGGACCGGGUGGGCCUGGUGGGCCAAGAGGGCCAUUGGGACCGGGUGGACCGAGUGGGCCAUUGGGACCGGGUGGACCAAGUGGACCGAGUGGGCCAAGAGGACCAAGUGGGCCAGGAGGGCCAUUUGGACCAAGUGGACCGAGUGGGCCAAGAGGACCAAGUGGGCCAAAAAGUCCAUUUGGGCCGGGUGGGCCAAGUGGGACAAAAGGACUCGGUGGACCAAGUGGGCCUGGCGGGCUACGAGGACCGAGCGGGCCAGGAGGUCCACUAGGACCAGGUGGACCAGGAGGACCAGGCGGGCCAGGAGGUCCAUAUGGACCAGGUGGACCAAGCGGACCUGGUGGACCAAGCGGACCUGGUGGGCCAAGAGGACCAAGCGGGCCAGGAGGUCCAUUUGGACCGAGUGGGCCAAGCGGACCUGGUGGACCAAGCGGACCUGGUGGGCCAAGAGGACCAAGCGGGCCAGGAGGUCCAUUUGGACCGAGUGGGCCAAGUGGACCUAGUGGGCCAAGAGGACCAAGUGGGCCAGGAGGUCCAUUUGGACCGGGUGGACCAAGUGGGCCGAAAGGACCAAGUGGGCCAUUUGGACCUGGUGGACUAAGUGGACCUGGUGGUCCAAAAGGACCAAGUGGGCCAUUUGGACCUGGUGGACUAAGUGGACCUGGUGGUCCAAAAGGACCAAGUGGGUUGUUUGGACAAAGUGGGCCUAAAGGACGUGGUGUGCCAGGAGGACCAAGCGGGCCAGGAGGUCCAUAUGGACCUGGCGGACCAUUCGGACCAAGUGGGCCAAAAGGACCAAGUGGGUCAAAAGGGCCUGGUGGACCAAGCGGGCCUGGUGGGCCAAGAGGGCCAAGUGGGCCAGGAGGUCCAUUUGGACCAAGUGGGCCAAAAGGAUCAAGCGGGCCAGGAGGUCCAUUCGCACCGAGCGGACCAAGUGGACCCAGUGGGCCAAGAGGACCAAGCGGGCCAGGAGGUCCAUUGGGACUGGGUGGACCAAGUGGACCUAGCGGACCAGGAGGUCCAUUUGGACCGGGUGGGCCUGGUGGGCCAAGAGGACCAAGCGGGCCAGGAGGGCCCUUGGGACCGGGUGGACCAAGUGGACCGAGUGGGCCAAGAGGACCAAGUGGGCCAAAAAGUCCAUUUGGGCCGGGUGGGCCAAGUGGGACAAAAGGACUCGGUGGACCAAGUGGGCCUGGCGGGCUACGAGGACCGAGCGGGCCAGGAGGUCCACUAGGACCAGGAGGACCAAGCGGGCCAGGAGGUCCAUAUGGACCAUUCGGACCAAGUGGGUCAAAAGGACCAGGUGGACCAAGCGGGCCUGCUGGCCCGAGAGGACCAAGCGGGCCAGGAGGUCCAUUUGGACCGGGUGGGCCAAGUGGACCUAGUGGGCCAAGAGGACCAAGCGGGCCAGGAGGUCCAUUUGGACCGGGUGGACCAAGUGGACCUACAGGACCAAGUGGGCCAAAAGGACCUGGUGGACCAAGUGGGCCUGGUGGGCCUCGAGGACCAAGCGGGCCAGGAGGUCCAUUAGGACCGGGUGGACCAAGUGGACCAAGUGGACCUGGUGGGCCUGGAGGUCCAUUCGGACUGGGUGGACCAAGUGGACCUGGUGGGCCAAGAGGACCUGGUGGGCCAAGUGGACCUGCGGGACCAAAAGGAAGUGGUCCUGUGGGACCGAAUGCGCCAGGUGGUUUUAUUUUCGGUGGCCCAACUGCACCAGGGCUUCCAAAGGUACCCGGCUUGCCCCUGCCAAGUGGACCAAAAGGACCCUCUGGUCCAUCCGGACCGGCAAGUCCUAGUAGACCAAGGGUACCCAGUGGAUCUAGAACAUCACCGAGAAGACGACCUGGCUACCUCCCACCUGAUGGAGUCAUUCCAGCAGCGCCUGGUGUUUUGAAUGUGCCUCGAGGUCCAACGCUUCCUGGGGCUACAGGUGUUACUGGCGCACCAAGGUUGCCCAUUGUCACAGGUGUAACCAGCGCCCCACGACUUCCAGGCUUAUCUAAAGGUCCAGUGUCUGCUGUGCUGCGAGGUCCAAGUGGUGCGACUGUUAUAAGCGGACUUCCUGUUCCGAAGACACCAGGAGUAACAACCUUGAAAAUCUUCCCUGGAGCACCUGCGGUCACCACCUUUACUACUGGUGUGUCAGGAUUUAUGCUUGGUGGGCCAGUUGGACCAAGAACACCUGGAGGAUUUUCAUUUGCGUUCCCUGGGCUGCCGAAGGGACCGAGUGGAUCACGGGGUCCAAGUGGCGUCGGAGGACCAAGCGGGCCAGGAGGACCAAGCGGACCAGGAGGACCACGUGGCCCAAGUGGAACAGGAGGACCCAGUGGACCAGGAGGACAGAAACAACGAUUUGGGCCGAGUGGACCAAGAGGACCAGGUGGGCCAGCAGGACCAAGCGGGCCUUUCCCAUCAGGGCUUUCUGGUCCCAGAGGGCCAAGUGGACCUAGUGGACCUGGUGGACCAAAGGCACCUGGAGGACCAGGUAGUCCCAGUGGACUAAAAGGACCAAGUGGUCCAUCUGGACCUAGAGGACCAUAUCCCAGUGGUCCUGCCGGGCCAAGUGGACCGUUCCCGUCAGGACCUUCUGGACCAGGAGGACUAAAAGGACCCAGCGGACCAAGCGGUCUUGGUGGACCAAGGGGACCUGGAGGACCAAGAGGGCCAGGAGGGCCAGGUGGUCCAUCUGGACCUGGAGGACCAAGAGGGCCAGGAGGGCCAGGUGGCCCAUCUGGACCAAGUGGACCAUAUCCCAGUGGUCCUGCCGGGCCAAGUGGGCCAUUCCCAUCAGGACCUUCAGGACUAGGAGGACCAGGUGGACCAAGAGGGCCCAGUGGCCCUAGAGGACCAAGCGGGCCGAGUGGGCCCUCUGGACCAAGUGUACCAUUUCCAUUCGGGCCUUCUGGACCAAAAGGCCCCAGUGGACCAAGUGGGCUUGGUGGACCAAGGGGACCUGGUGGACUAAGAGGACCAAGUGGGCCAGGAGGGCCAAGUGGUCCAUCUGGACCAAAAGGGCCAUAUCCCAGCGGUCCUGCCGGGCCAAGCGGACCAUUCCCGUCAGGACCUUCUGGACCAGGAGGACCAAGAGGACCAAGUGGACCUGGAGGACCAAGUGGGCCAUCGGGACCAAGUGGACCAUUCCCAUUUGGGCCUUCUGGACCGGGAGGACCAAGAGGCCCCAGUGGACCAAGCGGGCUUGGUGGACCAAGGGGACCUGGAGGACCAAGGGGUCCUAGUGAACCAAGUGGGCCAAGAGGGCCAAGUGGUCCAUCUGGACCAAGUGGGCCAUAUCCCAGUGGUCCUGCCGGGCCAAGCGGACCAUUCCCAUCAGGGCCUUCUGGACCAAGAGGACCCAGUGGACCAAGUGGGCCUGGUGGACCAAGGGGACCUGGAGGACUAAGAGGACCAAGCGGGCCAGUAGGACCGUCUGGACCAACUGGUCCAAGUGGACCAUAUCCUAGUGGUCCUGCUGGGCCAAGCGGACCAUUCCCGUCAGGACCUUCUGGACCAGGAGGACCAAGAGGCCCCAGUGGACCAAGUGGGCUUGGUGGACCAAGAGGACCUGGUGGGCCAAGAGGACCAAGUGGGCCAGGAGGGCCGAGUGGUCCAUCUGGACCAAGUGGACCAUAUCCCAGUGGUCCUGCCGGACCAAGUGGACCAUUCCCAUCAGGACCUUCUGGACCAGGAGGAUCAAGAGGCCCCAGUGGAUCAAGUGGGCUUGGUGGACCAAGGGGACCUGGUGGACCAAGUGGUCCUAGUGGACCAAGAGGGCCAAGUGGGCCAGGAGGGCCGAGUGGUCCAUCUGGACCAAGUGGGCCAUAUCCCAGUGGUCCCGCUGGACCGAGUGGACCAUUCCCGUCAGGACCUUCUGGACCAGGAGGACCUAGAGGCCCCAGUGGACCAAGCGGAUUUGGUAGACCGAGUGGACCUGGUGGACCGAGCGGUCCUAGUGGACCAAGUGGGCCAAGAGGGCCAAGUGGUCCAUCUGGACCAAGUGGGCCAUAUCCAAGUGGUCCUGCCGGGCCAAGCGGACCAUUCCCAUCAGGGCCUUCUGGCCCAAGAGGACCCAGUGGACCAAGUGGGCCUGGCGGACCAAGGGGACCUGGAGGACUAAGAGGACCAAGCGGGCCAGUAGGACCGUCUGGACCAACUGGUCCAAGUGGACCAUAUCCUAGUGGUCCUGCUGGGCCAAGCGGACCAUUCCCGUCAGGACCUUCUGGACCAGGAGGACCAAGAGGCCCCAGUGGACCAAGUGGGUUUGGUGGACCAAGGGGACCUGGUGGACCAAGUGGUCCUAGUGGACCAAGAGGGCCAAGUGGGCCAGGAGGGCCAAGUGGUCCAUCUGGACCAAGUGGGCCAUAUCCCGUUGGUCCCGCUGGACCAAGUGGACCAUUCCCAUCAGGACCUUCUGGACCAGGAGGACCUAGAGGCCCCAGUGGACCAAGCGGAUUUGGCGGACCGAGAGGACCUGGUGGACCAAGCGGUCCUAGUGGACCAAGAGGACCAAGUGGGCCAGGAGGGCCGAGUGGUCCAUCUGGACCAAGUGGACCAUAUCCCAGCGGCCUCGCUGGACCAAGUGGACCAUUCCCGUCAGGACCAUCUGGACCAGGAGGACCAAGAGGCCCCAGUGGACCAAGUGGGCUUGGUGGACUAAAAGGACCUGGUGGACCAAGCGGUCCUAGUGGACCAAGAAGACCAAGUGGGCUAGGAGGGCCGAGGGGUCCAACUGGACCAAGUGGACCAUAUCCCAGUGGUCCCGCCGGACCAAGUGGACCAUUCUCAUCAGGACCUUCUGGACCAGGAGGACCAAGAGGCCCCAGUGGACCAAGUGGGCUUGGCGGACUAAAAGGACCUGGCGGACCAAGCGGUCCUAGUGGACCAAGAGGACCAAGUGGUCCAUCUGGACCAAGUGGACCAUAUCCCAGUGGUCCCGCUGGACCAAGUGGACCAUUCCCGUCAGGACCAUCUGGACCAGGAGGACCAAGAGGCCCCAGUGGACCAAGUGGGCUUGGCGGACUAAGAGGACCUGGUGGACCAAGCGGUCCUAGUGGACCAAGAGGACCAAGUGGGCCAGGAGGGCCGAGGGGUCCAUCUGGACCAAGUGGACCAUAUCCCAGUGGUCCCGCCGGACCAAGUGGACCAUUCCCAUCAGGACCUUCUGGACCAGGAGGACCAAGAGGCCCCAGUGGACCAAGUGGUCCUAGUGGACCAAGAGGACCAAGUGGUCCAUCUGGACCAAGUGGACCAUAUCCCAGUGGUCCCGCCGGACCAAGUGGACCAUUCCCGUCAGGACCAUCUGGACCAGGAGGACCAAGAGGCCCCAGUGGACCAAGUGGGCUUGGCGGACUAAGAGGACCUGGCGGACCAAGCGGUCCUAGUGGACCAAGAGGACCAAGUGGGCCAGGAGGGCCGAGGGGUCCAUCUGGACCAAGUGGACCAUAUCCCAGUGGUCCCGCCGGACCAAGUGGACCAUUCCCAUCAGGACCUUCUGGACCAGGAGGACCAAGAGGCCCCAGUGGACCAAGUGGGCUUGGUGGACCAAAGGGACCUGGUGGACCAAGUGGUCCUAGUGGACCAAGAGGACCAAGUGGUCCAUCUGGACCAAGUGGACCAUAUCCCAGUGGUCCCGCCGGACCAAGUGGACCAUUCCCGUUAGGACCAUCUGGACCAGGAGGACCAAGAGGCCCCAGUGGACCAAGUGGGCUUGGCGGACUAAGAGGACCUGGCGGACCAAGCGGUCCUAGUGGACCAAGAGGACCAAGUGGGCCAGGAGGGCCGAGGGGUCCAUCUGGACCAAGUGGACCAUAUCCCAGUGGUCCCGCUGGACCAAGUGGACCAUUCCCAUCAGGACCUUCUGGACCAGGAGGACCAAGAGGCCCCAGUGGACCAAGUGGGCUUGGUGGACCAAGUGGUCCUAGUGGACCAAGAGGACCAAGUGGUCCAUCUGGACCAAGUGGACCAUAUCCCAGUGGUGCCGCCGGACCAAGUGGACCAUUCCCGUCAGGACCAUCUGGACCAGGAGGACCAAGAGGCCCCAGUGGACCAAGUGGGCUUGGCGGACUAAGAGGACCUGGCGGACCAAGCGGUCCUAGUGGGCCAAGAGGACCAAGUGGUCCAUCUGGACCAAGUGGACCAUAUCCCAGUGGUCCCGCCGGACCAAGUGGACCAUUCCCGUCAGGACCAUCUGGACCAGGAGGACCAAGAGGCCCCAGUGGACCAAGUGGGCUUGGCGGACUAAGAGGACCUAGCGGACCAAGCGGUCCUAGUGGACCAAGAGGACCAAGUGGGCCAGGAGGGCCGAGGGGUCCAUCUGGACCAAGUGGACCAUAUCCCAGUGGUCCUGCCGGACCAAGUGGACCAUUCCCAUCAGGACCUUCUGGACCAGGAGGACAAAGAGGCCCCAGUGGACCAAGUGGGCCUGGUGGACCGAGGGGACCUGGUGGACCAAGAGGACCAAGUGGGCCAGGAGGGCCAAGUGGUCCAUCUGGACCAAGUGGACCAUAUCCCAGUGGUCCCGCCGGACCAAGUGGACCAUUCCCAUCAGGACCAUCUGGACCAGGAGGACCAAGAGGCCCCAGUGGACCAAGUGGGCUUGGCGGACUAAGAGGACCUGGCGGACCAAGCGGUCCUAGUGGACCAAGAGGACCAAGUGGGCCAGGAGGGCCGAGGGGUCCAUCUGGACCAAGUGGACCAUAUCCCAGUGGACCUGCCGGGCCAAGUGGACCAUUCCCGUCAGGACCUUCUGGACUAGGAGUACCAAGAGGGCCUAGUGGACCUAGAGUACCAAGUGGGUCAUCUGGGCCAAUUGGACAAUUCCCAUUAGGAACUUCAGGACUAGGAGGGCCAGGAGGACCCAGUGGACCAAGCGGCCCUGGUGGACCAAGGGGACCUGGAGGACCAAGUGGUCCUAGUGGACCACGAGGACCAAGCGGGCCAGGAGGACCUGCUGGGCCAUAUCCCAGUGGACCUGCUGGGCCAAGUGGGCCAUUCCCAUCGGGACCUUCUGGGCUAGGAGGACCAAGAGGACCUGGUGGAUCACAAGGGCUAUUUGGUUCUAGGGUACCAUCUGGUCCUGGGUCUCCACUCACAACUACCAGCGUUCAGUUUGGUGGAACACUAGUCAGUGUUCCUAAAGUGACUAUAGGCCAGCCUCAAACAUCUAUAUUGCUUCAACCUGGAAGCCAAGUCACGUAUGGAAAGACUAAACUUCUUGUUCAACCUCCUACCACAUUUGUUCCUGGUCAAGUUGUUACACACACAGUCGGUAUAAUCCCAUCAACAGUACACAGCAUUUCUGGCACCGGGCUUCAAGUACAAGGCAAGCCAUUGGACUUCAAUAUUGUGCUGAAGGAGCUGAAAGCUACUCGCUAUUUAUCCUGGCUCCAGAAGACCGGGGUUCUUCAGCUAAUUAAUGAUGGAGCUGCCUACACUAUCUUCGUUCCAAGUGACGACGCCAUCGCUCAGAUUCGGGGACAGCUACUCUCGAAGCUAGAAGGUGACACUCAGCUCCUCAAGCAGCUCGUCCUGUACCACAUUGUUCCUGGUCAGGUCACCAUCGACAACGAUAGGACCUUCCCGACACUUGAUGAAGGAAACUUGUUGCGAUUCAACAAGUACUUCAAUGGAAGGGUCGUAACCGCUUCUGGUGGCGUCAUCGGCCCCAAAAAGCAGCAGGGCAACAUCGUCUUCUACACCAUCGACCGAGUUCUUCACCGGCCUGGAGGAAGCAUCUUGGACGUCAUUCACCAGUCUAUCCUGCUCCCUAAGCUAGAUGAAGCUAUCAAGUUUGCCGGACUCGAGGAGUACCUCUCCGGAGUAGGACCAUACACGAUUUUCGCUCCAAGUGACCAGGCAUUCAAAAACUCCGUGGGCAUGGAAAACGUAUUGCGGGACAGGGAAGCUCUCAAGGCCCUGCUACUCCGCCACAUUGUCCUUGGAACCGUGUACAGCGCCGGCGUGCAAGAGAACCAAGUCCUCAAGACGGUCGGUGGCCUCGAGCUCAAAAUGAGCAUCAUCCCGGAGUGUAUCACAGUAAACGGGGUCAACGUCAACAACCCGGAUAACGUCGCCUCCAAUGGGGUUAUCCACGUGAUCGACCAUUUCCUUUAGGCGUGCACAUCCCUAUACCCGGAAGGGUGGCACAUGUUUCUCUGUAAAGCUUCCUCUCUCGACUCUGUUGUUAUAUUGUUAAAUAAACUGCGUGUUCCGUA